CUCAUUGGGCUCUUGUGCAAUCACGUGACCAACGGUCGCGGGAAGGCACUGUCGUUGUACGCUAAUCAAGAGGGAGUGAAAAUAAUUCAGUAAACAAACCCACGGCGAGACAGUUUUGAAGAAAUGAGUUGGACGUCUGCGUCCCCGAAAAUGGAUACACUUCGACAGAAGCUUCGUUUUCUUCCCAGCGACGGAGAAGACGCCGAGGAUGCGGACAGUACCGGUGCAGACUCGGCUUUCCACGAGACGGACUCGCCCGAGGCGGUCAGGCGGACGCCGGGUGGUUCAAGCGAGACCAAUGGCGGCGGAGUGUCUCCACUGCGGCUACGACAAGAUGACUCUUGGGAAGAAGGUUUGGGUCCCCCUUCUCCAUUGACAUCACUGGAAGAUUUUAUGAGGGGCUCCCCGUCGCCUAGAAAAUGCCACAGAGCCUACAACCGCUUUUCUCCCGAAAGAGACUAUAAGCUGAAAGGACAGCAGGGCUCCAGCUCGCCCAUCCCAGACUGUCCUGAUACACCACCUCACAAAACUUUCAGAAAGCUGCGACUCUUCGACACGCCUCACACUCCUAAGAGCCUACUUUCAAAAGCCAGAUCACCUGAUCUUGAAUCAGUGAGACGGAGGGGGAUUUUACGGAGUCUGGAAUCUUCUGAUAAAACCUCCCAUCAAUGCAAGAAAAGCAGGGCACCGCAUGUGAACAUCAAUCCUUUUACUCCAGAGUCCUUGUUAAUCUCUUCUGCUACAAUUCAGAGGGCAAGCAGGAAGAGAGCUCACUGGAAUGACUCAUGCGGAGAAGAGAUGGAAGCUAGUGAUGGAGAAAUAGAAAAUGGAACCAUUCCAUCAAAGAGGAUUACAAUUACUGACAGUAACAUGAAGUCUCGGUAUGAAACAGAAUUUCAUGAACUAGAGAAGAUUGGGUCUGGAGAGUUUGGUUCAGUCUUCAAGUGUGUGAAAAGGCUUGAUGGCUGUAUCUAUGCCAUUAAACGGUCAAAAAAGCCACUUGCUGGAUCGGUGGAUGAACAAAAUGCAUUAAGAGAAGUUUAUGCACAUGCAGUUCUGGGCCAGCAUACUCAUGUGGUGCGGUAUUAUUCAGCUUGGGCCGAAGAUGAUCACAUGCUUAUUCAAAACGAAUACUGUAAUGGAGGCAGCCUUGCAGAUGUCAUUGCAGAAAACUAUAGGCAGAUGCGAUACUUAAAUGAACUGGAGCUGAAAGAUCUGUUGCUGCAAGUUGCUAGAGGACUGAAAUACAUUCAUUCAAUGUCACUUGUUCAUAUGGAUAUAAAGCCAAGUAAUAUAUUUAUAUCAAGAAACACUGUUCCAUCUGUAUGUGACAUAGAUGAUGAUGACCAUUUAUCGACAGGCGUUGUAUACAAAAUAGGUGACCUUGGACAUGUGACUAGAGUUAGCAAUCCACAGGUGGAGGAAGGGGACAGUAGAUUUUUGGCCAAUGAAGUUCUACAAGAGGACUAUAGUAACCUAACCAAAGCAGACAUUUUUGCACUGGCUCUAACUGUAGUAAGUGCUGCUGGUGCAGAAGCACUGCCAACAAAUGGAGAAAAAUGGCAUGACAUACGGCAAGGAAAACUACCCAUUAUUCCUCAAGUCCUUUCUGUAGGUUUUUUGGACUUGCUAAAAUUGAUGAUAAACCCAUAUCCAGAGAAGAGACCUUCUGCUUCAGCUUUGGUAAAGCACCCAGUUUUAAUAACAACAGCCAAAAUGAAUGCUGAUCAACUUCGAGUAGAGUUAAAUGCAGAGAAAUUCAAAAAUGCACUUCUAUUGAAAGAACUGAAAAAGGCACAGACUGCUAAAGCAGCAGCAGAAGAAAAAGUUUUGUUAAUGGACCGAAUGACGACAAGGUCGCUGACGCUGACCAGUAACAGGACUUCAAGACUGAUUGGAAAGAAAAUGAAUCGUUCUGUUAGUCUUACGAUCUACUGAAUUACAUACACCGAGGAUCUUUUCAGUUGUAAGCCACUUUCAUUAAGGCAACUUGUAUGGAUGGAAUAUAUAAACUGAAUUUUCACCAUAUUCUAGUUGGCUUGAGGCCAAGGAGAAAAAAAAAAAAAAAAGACCUAGGUAGCAUAAGCUUUGUGCUACGAUAUGCAACGGAAUGGAGAGCAGAGCAGGCCUUUUAAGUGCUGUGGACUUGAGUGCUCACCAAAAGGCAUUAAAUUAAUUUGCAGUCUGUGUAACGUGAGUAAAAGUUGACAGCUGCCUAAGAAAAUGGUUAUCCUUCUGGAUGAAGCUGAACAUUUUAAACAGAGUGGACUAAAAUUCUUCAGGUAGCUGUAGGGUUUUAUUUAUUUUUAUUUUUUUUUCAUUGCAGAGCUGGUUCCUUUUUGAUAGGUAGUGGUACAAUGAAGUUUAACACUUGAUCUUCAAAAAAAAAAGUGUCCGUUGUCCCCCGCACCAUCUAGACUCUGACUAAAUAUCGACCCACAUUCCAGCCUUAUUUACCACAGGUAUUAAUUCAGUCCAUUUAUGCCCUUCACAAAAUGUUUUUCAUUGUGAACAUACACAGAAUUAUAAAGCCUGUUAUAGGGAGUUCAGUACCUUACUAAGGUAAUGUUCAGAGUGCUUAACUAAAUGUACUACACAAUUUGUCUCGACAACCUCCUAUAGUCUGUAGCCUAUUUAAAAUGCAUUUAGACCCACUCAGAAUUGUACAUCAAGAGCUUGACUAACACCGUUGUUUUCUAAAGAAGUUACAGUUAAUAGUCAGAAUUAAAAUGUGCUGUGUAUAUAAUUGUGUAACAUGAAUUGUUACAGAAAGCAGAUCAUCGGAGUAUUAAACACUAGUGUUAUUUGGAUGGACAGGUGAUCACUAUACAUGGGUGUAAUGUACUUAAUUGAAAGUUAAGUUUACAUUGUUGGUUGGCUCUUUGGUCUCAUUAUUUCUUUGCCCUUUUAAAGUAUGGGGUGCAGUACACAGGCAGACUAAGUAAUUCUUACACGCAUCAAUAGAAUGGCUUCCAAUUUGGAAUGUUACCCUAUACAUGUUAUGGACACCCCCCAACAUGAUUAAGUACCCACUUUAUUUGGCUCUUUAUUCCCAAAUAAGGAAUACCUGCUUUGUUAAUACUUUUUGUUGCUUUUUUUCCCAAAGCAACUUGGUUACUUUGUCUGAGGUGUUUUAAAGCAGAUACCAGCUUUAUCUUCUAGUAUUGACCGUUUAAGAAGUUUCAGAAUAACUUUUUUUUUUUUUUUUUUUUUUUUUUACUUUACAGUUAAUCAGCUGUAUGAAUUUUUAUUUUAUUUUUUUUUUUAAAUCACCAUUUUAGACAACUUUUGGUUAUUCUGUGAAUUUCUUCAAGGUACAUUGUUGUUCAGCUCAGAAAGAUAACUUUGUCUAGAGAGAGAGAUGUCAAUUUCUAGCACAGAAUAACUGUUCAUUUUCAUUUGCUAUUAAUAUGCCUUAUGAUUCCUGUUCUAGUUUUUUCCUGAAAUACUUGUUGAUACAGGAAAGGCAGUAAUAGUGGCAUUGUACGGCACUUUAUAUUCUGUUUAACUUCUGUGUGUUCUGGUCAUUACUCUUAACUCUUAUGCCAUUUGUUCUCAGUAAAACUUUAUUUAAUUUUUUGUCUUUGUACAGUCUACUCAUUGUUCAUAGCCUGAGCUUUUAAAAAGUUCACAAAAAUGUCUCAUAUAAACAAAUUACACCAGCAUCUAAAAGGAGUACACUAUAUUAGAAUGUAAUCCACUUGACAGUGUCGCCUACAAGUUAACUCUUGUGCCUUGUACACUUUUUUUCCCCUUCCCUUCAUUGGCAGUAUUCUCCUCAGAAAAUGCUUGCAAGUAAGAUUAAAAAACAACAAUCUUCCAUAUUUAAGAGAAGUUAAUUCUACAGUCAUUGCACAAAACUUGUCAUUUCCCAAAUACCACCAGCAAUAAAAGCUUAUUUUGCAAACCUACCUUAACUGAAUGGUUUUUGCCAAAUACUCAGAAUUGAUACAACACACACACAUUAUAUAAAAUAAAUAUAUAUAAAUAAAUAUAAAAAUAAAAACACACAUUCUCUUGUGUGACUCCCCUUUUGGCUUUUACAAAUUGUAACAUUGUAAGUAGAGUAUAGGAAACCAACAAUUCAGAACAUUCUGUGUCCAUUACCUUCAGGGCUGUGAUAUUGUCUUCCAACAACUACAUGAUUGCAGCUUUGUGGCAGGUUAAUUAAUAAGUGCAGUGAAUGGAAAGAGUGCAGGAUUUGGCUUCAUUACCUACUGAGUGUCUAACCAAUUUUAAAAACCGCUUUAACUGUGGUGGUGUUUUGAAAAUGUGAGAAAGAUGGUAGACAUUCUGAAUAUCUGGCUCAAAUGUUUGUAAAGUUGAAGUUAGGUAAACCAUGUUUCUCAUUUUAUCACUCACAUACUCCACAUGUCCAUUUUCCAAUUGUAUGCCCAGACUGUUGUUAAAUAGACCCCUCCAGAGGUACUGGGGUACAUGAUACACAAAAAAGAACAUCCCCAUAAUACUGGGCUUUUGAAUGGAAGAUCCACUUCUCUCCCUCAUUAAUUGAUCAUGAGAAUGUGAUUUCUUGUGUGUGGUGUACUGCAGUAAUUCUGGAAUUAUCCAUUUUUUAGCAAAAAUGCACGUGUGGAGUAUCGCUUUUGAGUGUUUGCAGUUGUAUCCAUGCAUUUGGACAGAACUGUUAACACUGCACCUUCUGACAGUACCAAGAGGUUACAAAGCAGUUUUAAAGUACAGUACAGUAGUUGUUGGUUAUUCCAGGAUUUAAAUGGUUCUUGGUUAUUCCAUUGGAUGUGGAGCUGUUUCAGAUAGUGCUGUAUAAGGACAUCACCCCAUUCUGCCAAAAAACCUUUUGUUCUGGAAGAGCAUCAUCCAGUAUAUAAAGGAAUGUUUUCUUAAAUUAGGAGUCUUAUUCAAAGCAACUUACGAGAAAUUGAUCUGAAAAGGUUGCUUGCAUAAGUUUUACAAACUCAUGUAGGUUUAUUCAUAGAAACUGUGAACGUUAUAAAAUUUAAAAGACCACCUAAGCAGAAGGUCUGUGUUUCAGCUGGUGAUUCUGUGUUAGGGAAAGCAGAGAUGAAGGUUUGUGCAGGAGCUUCACAGGACGUCCUAGCCCCACUGGGCACAGCAGUGCCUCUGUUGCUUCAACAUGGCGGUGCAGUUUUUCAAACAAGCUGCUCUUCGCUCGAAUAUCUGUCUUCAAAGAGUACUCCUUUAAGAAACUCGACCUGAUCAGAUACUGAGCUUGAAGUGAUGUCUGAAUGUCUGUCAGUCAAACAGGAGCUCAUUUUGUUGGAUUUGUAUAUAUGUUGUUGUUCUCUAGGCACAUACUGUGCACAAACACUGUAAAUUUUUGUUAAAGUAAUUUUUACCUUGCAGGCAAAAUUCCUAAAGGCACUUGAGAUAAUUGGUCUUCAGGCAUUUUUGCAAGUCAUUUUGAACAUGUGUCCAACUGUGAUGAAACUGCUUUAGUGCCGACAGGGCCUGAAGAGCAAAUCCCUAAAUCUGGCCUGUGCCUUUAUGGUUUUUAGAACUGUAAUGCUUUCCCUUGUUGUUUCUUCUUGGUAUUGUAAAUAAUAAAUAUAUUUUUGUAAAAA